CUUAACAGCAGACGAUAAAACAAGUGUAGAACAGCAGUCUGUCGUCUGCUGUGCGCGAGCUGUGAGAUCAGACGAUCUGAAGGAAUGGGGGAAACAAGUUUUGUUUUGAAGUGAAGCUAUCAUGUGAAAUUGUGAUUUCUGUUUGCGGAUUUAAUUCUUGUGAAUGGAUAGAGAUUAUUCUUCUAGAUGGAUUACGGGAUAUGUUAAGUGAGUUUGAUAUUUAUGUAAAUGUUUUAACUGUAAGAUGCAGUCUACCAACAACGAAGAGAGAUUCGUGGUGUAUUACUAAGCUUACUAUAGUCAUUAUGAGUCAGAUUAUAGAUGUAUGUCUUGAUGGUUGGCGGAAUGAAUGAUGUAAACGGGAUGACGAUUCGACUAAUCAUUUAAUCCUGGGUUAACUCGACAAUUUAAUGUGAGAUGGCCGCGACGAGACUUCUGAGAUAUGUGGUUUUCGUGAUCAUGGUAUGCUGUUCUAUCAAUGCCGAACUGUUGUGUACAGAUGCCUCGUGUCUGUGUACACCCACUUACUACGAUCAGGGCAUCUUAUGGCUGUGUAAAAUACCAUGGUUACGAGAAAACACAAUCAACUUUGAACGCUUACCAACAAACGAUUCUAAAUUCCUGACUUUAAGAUGUGACGAAACGAGUGGGAUAUGGAGUGCACUGUGGAAUCACAUGUUUAAAAUUUUACCCAAACUGAUAGUACUGAGAAUUGAGAAUUGUCAAAUCAGCCAGAUUCCGGAGUUAGCCUUUUCUGGUUUAAAUAAAUUAGAGGAACUAACUAUCAAAUAUUCCUCUAUAUCAAUGAUCCAUGAAAAUAGUUUAAAUAAUUUACCUAGAUUACGAUUACUGGAAUUUAUCUCGAGCGGAAUCCGCCAUUUACCAAAACUCUGUUCUGUUAAGACAUUGCGAACUCUAAACGUUUCACACAAUUUUAUCACCAGUUACGACAAAACAGGCGUGAAAUGUGACAAUAAUAACGACCAAUUGCCGAACUUUGAAGUGUUGGACGUCAGUUAUAAUCUUAUUGAAACCAUUCCCUCGUGGUUAGGCAAUUCGUUUCCAAAGCUGAAAAGACUGACAAGUUCUGAUAAUGUUGUAAAUCGGGUCGACCUAGGGACGAUAAAUAAUCUUCCUGAGCUAAUGUGGCUGGAUCUUGGGAACAAUUCAUUAACAUCAAUUGAUAGUGAAAUGAUGAGUAAUUGUUCGGAGUUAGUUGUUCUGUCCUUGGGUGAUAAUCCUGUUCGACGUCUUCCUCCAGGACUAAUGUCCAACCACACUAAAUUAGUUCAUCUGUAUCUGAAUAACCUCUCACUAAACGAUGAUAUAUGGUCGGAGUUCCUGACGCUAAAACGUCUGGAAUAUUUACAUCUUAGAUCGAAUUUGUUGACCUUUGUAAACAGUUCUGUUAUGGAGAGGAUACCCCUGCUGAAGGAGCUCGAUUUAUCCAAUAAUUUCAUUACCCAGUUCAAUAUCUUUACUUUUAAAGACCAGUACAUGCUGAAACUAUUGAAUCUCUCAAACAACCAGAUACAGGCCGUGCCCAAACAGGCCUUUAAACUGAUCCAUAGCCUUAAAGAGUUGGACAUGUCCAGAAAUAAUCUAACAUCAUUCUCUAAAUCGGCUUUUAAAGGAUUAAGAAAGUUAAAAUCUGUGGACUUGAGUCAGAAUGAAAUCAAAGGUUUCUCAAUUGGAGUAUUCAAUGAAGUAUCGACAUUACAAAAAUUAAACCUUUCGCAUAAUAUUCUUACUAAACUGCCCGGAUUCCAUGAAAUGAAUUCUCUGGAUGUUUUGGAUUUAAGUAACAAUCACCUCGCUAUGGUCGACAUUUCCACAUUUUUCGGUCUUACUGGAUUAAUAGACUUGGAUUUAUUUAAUAAUAAAAUUGAAUAUAUUCCUCACGGUGUGUUCCAGCAUUGUCAACAGCUAGAACGAUUAAAUUUAGCCAACAACGGAAUCCGACAAAUAUCGGCCGGCGGCUUUUUAAAUUUAAAACAAUUAAACUAUCUGAAUCUUGGUGAUAAUAACCUGGCUGAAACCGUCACAGUUCUCAGUAAUCUCAACAGCUUAACAAAUCUGGUUCUUAGACAGAAUUCCGUUACUAAGAUAUAUCGAGGUCAGUUCCCCGAUGCCAUCCAAACUCUAGAUUUAUCGUACAACAAGAUUACGUAUAUGGCCCCUUUCACCUUCCGGACCAUGAAAAACUUAAAAUCAGUGCGAUUGGAAUUUAACAAUCUGACAAGUCUUCAGAUGCAAUCGGUGGAGAUAUCGCGUGAUGUUCAACCUAAACCAUUGUUUUAUAUUAGCGCUAAUCCAUUUCAAUGUGACUGUAGUCUGUCAUGGCUGAAGGAACUGGCCGAGUUGGACGCGGCUAAUGUGGAUUUAUAUCCUAAUAUUGUGGAUUUACAACUACUCCGGUGUUCCAGUGUGUAUAAUUCCUCUCCGAAAUUUUUUAAAUAUGUGCCACGUUCUGAUUUCCUGUGUUCGUAUCGCGAGAAGUGUGAAUAUAACUGCCCGUGUUGUGGAAUGAAGUCAUGCGCGUGUAGAUACGAAUGUCCCCCAGGAUGUCAAUGUCUGAUUUCGGAUGAUAAAACUAAUAUACAUAAAGUACAUUGUGAAAAUCAGAACAUGACGUCAGUUCCGGUUGCCAUACCGUACGCCGUAACCGAUUUAAUGUUAGAUGGGAAUAAUUUUACGACAAUACAACGUGACGUGUUUAAAGGUCUAGAGAACGUGAAAAGGCUUUAUUUGAAUAACAGUAAUAUCCACACACUACAGAACGCGUCGUUUAUUGGAUUAGAUAAUGUCGAAGAAUUGUAUUUAAAUAAUAAUAAUAUUACUGUAAUACCGUCACUAGCCUUCCCGGAGUUGAGCAAACUUCAAGAAAUGUAUUUAAAUAACAAUGCUAUUCAUACGAUUGAAGACGAAUCCCUAGGACGUCUGAAAUCUUUACAAAUACUAUCAUUGGAUAACAAUAUGUUACACUUCAUUCCAUUGCAUGACUUGAAGCAACUUUUAAACAAUAGUUAUAUUUCAUUGGCUCAAAAUCCAUGGUCAUGUGACUUUAAUUUUGUUUGUAAUUUUGUUGAUUUGUUGACGUCACAUUCUAAAAUGUUAAUGGAUUCUAGUGACGUCAAGUGCACGUGGGAUGACGACGCCUAUAGUAUAUCAUUAUUGGAUGACGAAGUGAAAAUGCAGUGUUCCUUGAACAAAACUGAGUUUAUUAAUUCCACGAUCGAACAGCCACAAACAAAAGGCCGAGACGUUCACAUAGCUGCUCUGGUGACCAUUUCCGUGGCGACAGGGAUUAUAUUUGGAGUUUUGAUUUUAAUUUAUUGGAAACGAGACUUGAUACAGGUCUGGUGUUUUAUUAAAUAUGGCUGGAGAGUGCAUAACAACACGGAUGACGAGGACGACGAUGCUAAAAGGCCGUUUGAUGCCUUUUUAUCGUACAGCAAUCGCGAUGAAUUAUUUGUUAUUAAUGAACUAGCACCGCGACUUGAACACGGCGAAAAGAAAUAUAAACUAUGUCUUCACUAUCGAGAUUUUCCGAUUGGAGCUUGUAUUGCAGAAACGAUCGUGCGUAGUGUGGAGUGUAGUAAAAGAACGGUGAUGCUUAUUUCGGACCAUUUCUUACAAAGUGAAUGGUGUCGAUACGAGUUUCAAACGGCUCACCAUCAAGUUCUUACCGAGAAAAAGAAUAGACUUAUUUUAAUUCUGCUUCACGAUAUUGAUCAUAAUAAACUCGACUCUCAGUUAAAACUUUAUUUUAAAACAAGAACCUAUUUAAAAUACAAUGACCCCUGGUUCUGGGACAAGUUGUAUUACGCUAUGCCGGACACGUGUCUUCCGGUGUUAGAGCGGAAUGGAACGAUCAAACGUGAGCGAUUACCAAUGGAUGACCGUUUCCAGAGAAACAUUAGUCAGUUAUCGGAUCAGAUUCUUAAUGAAGAUAUGUACGAAGUUCCUUUAACGAAUCACUAUCAAACUAUAGAAUCACCGGGGAACUCCGAAUAUAUUUACGGUUCAUCAUCCGGGCACUAUGAAGAGGUAAACCCAUGUCCCAACCCAACGAUCAUAGCACGUAUUAAUCCGCCACCACCAGUACCCAAACACCCUCCACCACCUCGAUCUAGUUCUAUUUGUAAACCUCCACCGUCUAGAACCAGUUCUGUUUGUAAACUGUGAGGUAUCUGGAAUAACAAUAUGUCGUUUAGUGCUAUAUCAUAUAUUUAGACCAGGAGUGGAGUCCCAAUCACUACUCACCAUGUUGCUCUUGGUCUAUAGGGGACGACGCUCAAAGUUCCGCCGAUUAAAAUACAAUCUACACGAAACAUGACAUGUUUGUCCCUUGGACGAAUGUACGCCAUUUUGCGGACGUCGACUUUCGAGGUGACGUCACUAUUCAAGAUGGUGGUGAUGACGCCACUCUCUGUCCCUGAUCUACAUGUUCAUUUGUUACGUCAUGUAAGAAAUUGCAAAUAAAACUCAAUUUGCUCGGAACAAAAAGAACAGUGAUGAAGUCUGUCAACAAAGUGUUUUCAUUCCAUUACAAACCAACCCAAACGCCACCAUCAUCAACAAUCGUCAUGUAAUGUCUGUCUGGUGUACGAUCUUGUUUCAAUGUUUGGUCAUUCUUCAAUAUAUUUUUAUUGACAUGAAUCAUUCUCGUUGUAUAUCAGUAUUAUUAUUACAGUGUAUUAUUGAAGUUGCAAUCUGAUUAAACCAUAGAUCCUAUUUCGUUUCGUUUCUUUAUAGUUCAAAAUUUCGUUUUACUUGUCUUCACAACACUAGGAUCUGGAAGAGUUGUUCUGGGUGAUGUUAGGGAUUAGCUAGUGAAACUGUCUGUUACGGCGAGUUUUUGGCGUGCGAUGCAUGGAACUGUGGGUAAACCAAUAGAAACGUCAACGCUGAACGAUUAAUCAAUGUCUGACGUCAUAGGGCCAAGAGUCGCUCGUACGACUACUGACGCGACCUUCGACUAAAACCGGUCAGAUGUAACAAAAGGAAAUAUAGAUCUGGGUUUAAUCAGAUUGUUGUAAUUGUGAAUUAUUGUUUUAAAAUGAAGUGAUGUAUAAUAUAUAUCGCAGAUAUGGCGGACAAUGUUUAAUCAACUCAAUAUCUAAGCCAUCCGAUUGUGGGCUUGUCAUGUGAAUAAAUGUCUAAAUAAUAAUAAUUUAUAUAACAUUUGAAGCCCGAAAUACACCAGACAAAUCUCACGCAUAAUAGCUGAUUAUCUAUUAGUAGAUAUAUGUUUUUAUACUCGUCUUCCAGUAACUUUGUAAAUAUAAAUGUUUAUUUUUUUGUUUUUGAUAUGCCAUUGUAUGUACUCAUUGUAGCGUAGUCACUCAAUCCGAGACCGGUCUUCGUCUGUCUUUUUUUAACUCGAAUUUUGAUAGAGAAGAGAGAUAAUUGGAAUUUAAGGUCGACUCGACACAGACUACGUCCAUUUCCGGAGUAACAUAUGGUUUAAUUUUAUAUAAGAAAUUCGCUUGCACGUAGGGGUCUUUAGCAGUGGGACGAAAUCGGAAGAUCCGGCGAAAAUCCACGAGGUUGGACACACGACCCUACCGAUUGCUACGUACAAGCGGGGAAUCGAAACCGCGCCAUGUUGCUCAAUGACAGACCUUAAUAUCUAACGCGCACGCAUUAAACCGAAUCGAGAUAUGGACAGCUUGUACCCGAAUUCUUGAGAUUGUUUUCUGUAUUUUAAUCAAGAACGGAUCCGACACUCUUCGAAAAAGGCCUAAGCUCCGCGACAAUUUAAGUAUGAUGAUAUGGAACUUGGCAUCCUUAUUCCUUGGACGUCGAUUGACGGCCUUCGAUUUUUGAUAUGACGUCAUGUGUUCAAGAUGAUGGCGGCGAUGACGUCAUCCUCAUUUCCUGGUCCAUAUAGUAAUGUCAUACUUGUUUAUUCAGAAAAAAAACCCAGAGCCACAACAAUUCGUCUAAGCUUGUAUUUUAACGUCUGCUUCCACGAUAGUAAUAUCGCAGCAAAGUAUCCAACGUCUUCCAUGUAGCUGAUUAUAUCUAUGUUCGUAUAUUAAAUGUUUUAGCGUGUUUUGUCUUCCAUACUUUUUAUACUCAUUUGUCUUUGUUUGAUCUGGUAAGAUAUAUUAUUUUCCGAUACUGCCAAAUUAUUUCUGUUAAUGUUUUUAUUAUUUUACACAUACAUUUUGAAUAAACUAAUGUAAUAUGUGA